UAGGCUCAGCUGUUCGACCUUCCAUUCGAGACGAAAAAGUCAACAGGUUCGCGAAGCAAGUUAAAUAAGUGUACAAAAAUGGCAAAAGAAAUUUCAUUGGCUACAGUCAAGGAGCACAACAAGUCUGAUGAUCUCUGGAUAGUUAUUGAAAAUAAAGUCUAUGACGUCACCAAGUUUCGCUCUGAGCAUCCCGGUGGCGAGGACACCCUCGACGAUGUGGCUGGUCGUGAUGGCACCAAGGAGUUCAUCGAGGUGGGCCACAGCCUAGAGGCCAGGGAGAUAUUGAAGAAGUUUUAUAUUGGCGAUUUGGCAGCUGCUGAUAUCAAAAAGAAAAGCCCAGUUAGAUGCGCACACGUGGGACUGGCCCUGGGUGCUAUUAUUCUGGGCUUUGCACUUAUCUAUGUUAUCAAGCGAGGAGGAGGACCCAAGCAGUAACCAGUAAUCCUUACUGUCUGAUACUUCCAACGUUCCUUUCAUUCCGCCGCCAUUGGAACAAUUGGGAGUUUUAAUGCCCGCAUUUUGGAUAUCGUACAAUAAUGUCAUUAUUAUAUGUGUCGUUUGCAAAGAAAAAAACUCAACAAGUACCCGUGUAUACAUAUGUACAUAGCAUUAAUUUUUGAGAUUUAAUAUAACUCCACUAAGCCAUCGCAAGUCCAAGUGAGAGAGAGGGAGAGCAAGAUAUCUAUCUAUCUUAACAACUACCUAUCUAUCUGUCUACCUCUCCAUCUAUAUCUAUUGUCAAAGUUCUAUCUUUAGUACACAAAUGUUCAAUGUAUCAUUCAAUAAACCAUGUACUCGUUUUGCACACAAA